AUGCCAGUGGGCAAGUGGGUCAUCUCCAGGUACGACUACAUCGAGAUCCGAGAUGGGGACAGUGAAGCAGCAGACCUGCUGGGCAAGCACUGUGGGAACAUAGCACCUCCUACCAUUAUCUCUUCUGGUCCCUCUCUCUAUAUCAAGUUCACCUCUGACUACGCACGACAAGGUGCCGGUUUCUCACUGCGCUACGAGAUCUACAAGACAGGCUCUGAGGACUGCUCCAGAAACUUCACCUCCUCCAAUGGCACUAUCGAGUCUCCAGGUUUCCCUGACAAGUAUCCACACAACCUGGACUGCGUCUUCACCAUCAUAGCCAAGCCAAAGGCAGAAAUCCUCCUCCACUUUCUGCUCUUUGACCUUGAGCAUGACCCAUUGCAGGCAGGAGAAGGAGACUGCAAGUACGACUGGCUGGACAUCUGGGAUGGCAUCCCUCAGGUUGGCCCCUUGAUAGGCAGGUACUGCGGCACUAAGAUGCCAUCGGACAUCCGCUCCACCACCGGCGUCCUCUCGCUUACCUUCCACACGGAUCUGGCAGUGGCUAAAGAUGGUUUCUCUGCUCAGUACUACUUAAUCCAGCAGGAAGUCCCAGAAAACUUCCAGUGCAAUGUGCCGCUGGGGAUGGAGUCUGGCAGGAUCUCCAACAUGCAGAUCAGUGCCUCCUCCACCUACUCAGAUGGGAGAUGGACCCCUCAACAGAGCCGGCUCAACAGCGAUGACAACGGCUGGACCCCCAAUGUAGACAGCAACAAAGAGUACCUCCAGGUGGACCUUCACUUCCUGACUGUGCUCACAGCCAUUGCUACACAGGGUGCCAUCUCUAGAGAAACCCAGAAUGGCUACUAUGUCCGUACCUACAAGCUGGAGGUCAGCACCAACGGGGAGGACUGGAUGAUGUACCGACAUGGGAAAAACCACAAGACAUUUCAGGCCAACGAGGAUGCCACAGAGGUGGUUCUCAACAAGAUCCACAGCCCGGUGCUCACACGCUUCGUGCGCAUCCGUCCCCAGAGCUGGCACAACGGCAUCGCCCUGAGGCUGGAGUUGUAUGGCUGCCGCAUCACUGAUUCGCCCUGCUCCAACUUGCUGGGAAUGCUUUCUGGCCUCAUCCCUGACUCCCAGAUUUCAGCCUCUUCCACCAGAGGCUACGACUGGUCUCCCAGCAUGGCCUCCAGCCGCUCAGGCUGGUUUCCUCGUGUCCCCCAAGCCCAGCCUGGGGAGGAGUGGCUGCAGGUGGACCUUGGUGUCCCGAAGAAUGUCAAAGGCGUCAUUAUCCAGGGUGCUCGUGGAGGGGACAGCGUGACCACGACAGAGUCCCGCUCCUUUGUGAAGAAGUUUAAGGUGGCUUACAGCAUGAAUGGAAAGGACUGGGACUUCAUCCAGGACCCCAAAACAAUGCAAGCCAAGCUUUUUGAAGGCAACAUCCACUACGAUAUCCCUGAAGUCCGGAGGUUUGACCCUGUUCUUGCCCAGUACAUCCGAGUGCACCCAGAGAGGUUUAUGCGUCUGGAGGUACUGGGCUGUGACUGGACAGAUGUAAAGCCCACUGCAGAGACACUGGUGCCCACUUUGAAGAGUGAAGAGACCACCACCCCAUAUCCAACUUAUGAAGAAGCAACUGAGUGUGGUGAUAGCUGUGGGGAAGAGGAGGAUUUCCACCUCCCUGCAAACUUCAACUGCAAUUUUGAUCUUCCUGAAGACCUCUGUGGUUGGUCACAUGACUUGGCAACGGGUUAUACGUGGUCUUUACAGCCUACAAGCACUUGGACUGGCAACUCUGAACCAAGCCCUGAGACUGUGCCUGAUGGCAAGAAUUACCUGCAGCUGCAGAGCAGUGGAAGGAGGGAAAGCCAGCGAGCCCGGCUCAUCAGCCCCACCAUCUAUCUGCCCCGGAGUGCUGUCUGCAUGGUCUUCCAGUACCAGGCAUGGGGCAGCAAUGGAGUGAUGCUACGGGUCUGGCGGGAAGCCAGCCAGGAGCACAAGGCGCUGUGGGUCAUCAUGGAGGACCAAGGGGAGGAGUGGAGGGAAGGCCGCAUCAUCUUGCCAAGCUACGACAUGGAGUACCGGAUUGUGUUUGAGGGAUUUAUACGCAGUGGUUACUCGGGAGAGCUCGCCCUCGAUGACAUCCGGCUGGGGACCGACAUCCCGCUGGAGAACUGCAUGGAACCCAUCACAGCUUUCCCAGUAAACUUCCCAAGAAUGGAGGAUGACUUUCCAAUCUCUGAGCAAGACUUUGAAGACGAUGAUUCAGAUUACUUUGGAUCGGAUAGGAACGACACACUGUUCUCUACUAACUCUCCAGGAACCCCGAAGCUGGACAAAGAAAAAAGCUGGCUGUACACGCUGGAUCCCAUCCUGGUGACCAUCAUAGCGAUGAGCUCUCUUGGAGUCCUCCUCGGGGCCAUCUGCGCUGGUCUGCUCCUCUACUGCACAUGCUCAUACGCCGGGCUGUCCUCGCGGAGUUCCACCACGCUGGAGAACUACAACUUCGAGCUAUACGAUGGCAUCAAGCACAAGGUCAAGAUGAACCACCAGAAGUGCUGCUCGGAGGCCUGAUGGGUGCCCUGGGGGUCACCCUCGGCAUUGUGCCCGGUGAGGUGGGCUGGCAGGGGGGUUCUUUAUUUGCUGUUUUCUAUGGGAACUGAAUGCCAUAACGGGGAAUGAGGGGUGCGGGAGGAGCGAGGGGAGGCGCUGCUCCUGACGCCAGGUCCCGCUGGUGGGUCACGCUCCGCCAGGACUGAGCGGGCUUUCCCGCAACCUGGACUGUGCUGG